AGUAGAACACUGCUUUACUUUACUGUAGAUCUAUACUCUACUGUGGCCCACGGUCUGUUUUGACUCAUACUGGAGGCCACAGUGUCCUAGGUUAUACUACCCAGACGGUUAUGUAAUAUUGCACUUGCAUGAUCAAGUGAGAAGCAACCUUUAACAGUUAUUAUACAAAGACUUCGUUUAUGUUUUGUAGAGCAGAUGCCAAAGACUACCGUGUAUUUGAUACUGCACUUGAGGAUUCACAGGCUUUAUUAGGCCUUAAAAGCUACAUUUCAGGCCCAAUUUGUCCUUAAGAGUUAAUAAAUAAUGUAUUCGUCUGUUUUGUAUUCUCUACUGUAACGCACUAGGGUACAUCCCAUGUAUCCAACAGUAUGCACCUAAUGAGAAGCUAACUAAGGAGAGGAGCAGCACUAUACAACACGUAGACUAAAGACAUUCGUGAUUAGCUUGAGCAUGCCUCCUACUUCAGCCUGGUGUGCUCCUGACUUUUCACCCAGCUCAACUAUGAUAAGUAUUUCUGGUUUUGAGUGGACUGCUUCAUUAAAUAUAAGAUGGAUUAGUUUGAAAUUUGCAGCAGAUGAUAAUCAAUGGGAGAGACAAGAGACAAAGGUCUGAUACAGACAUAAGGAAAGGAGAAGCUUCUCCGUGAACACCAUCUGACAUGGAAGAGACCACAAGAAGUGUACUACUGUUGUGUCUUCUUAGCUUAACUAAUGCAAAUAGCGCCCCUGUAAUCAACGCUAGAGCUUAUCCUGUAUGUGAAGCCACCCCCAAAGGUGUUACUGCAUUUAAAAUAGACGCAACAGACGCAGACAAUGACCCACUGACUUAUACACUUUCUGGGACCAAUGCCCCAUACUUCAAAGUAAUCAAAAAUACUGGGGAUGUAAUAGUCGAAAAGCCACUAGAUCGAGAGGCAGGCAAUGUAAUGAACCUUGACGUUGUUGUCUCUGAUGGUUUCAGUUCUACAGGAGAGGAGUUGACAAUAAUAUUAGAAGAUGCCAACGACAACAAGCCCAUAUUUGAGAAUCCUUCAUAUGAUACUGAAAUCAAAGAAAAUACCCCUGUAGGUACAACUCUCUUUAAGGUGCAUGCCACUGAUGCUGACACUGGAACUGCUGGUGUUGUUCGAUAUAACAUUGAUGAAGUCAUUCCAAAAGAUGGAUCCAGUCUGUUUAAUAUCACAGAAAUAACUGGUGCAGUCAUCUUAAAUGGGAGUCUGAAUUAUACUUCUCUCGGCACUUCCUAUCGGCUGAAGAUAAAUGCAACUGAUGGUGGAGGCGGCUGUGAUAAGAAAAAGGAUCCCCUCUCAAGUGUUACUUUUUCCAUCAUUACGGUUGUGGACGUCCCAGAUCUUGACCCACAGUUCAUCAAUCUUCCCUACAUAGGGAAUGUUCUAGAGGAGUCUUCUGUGGGCCAGUCUGUGUUAACAGUGACUGCCCUUGACCAGGACACAGGAAUCAAUGAUGCUAUGAUAUACAGCAUUGAAGAUUCAGUUCCAGAUGGCCUAUUUACUAUUUCAAGUGAAGAUGGUGUCAUAUCUGUGUUGUCACCCAUUGACAGAGAAGCUAUUGGUGACACAGUUAACCUGACUGUAAAGGCCACUGAGUCUCAACUGAACAUCAAUGGGGUCCGUGCCAGCACCACUGCAAAAGUACAGAUCAACAUCAUUGACAAAAAUGACAACAAGCCAGAGUUUUACGAGUGUGGAGGCACAGAAGACAAGCCCUCCUGUGUCAAGGCAAGUCACUUCACAGGAGAGGUUUUUGAGAACUCGGUGGGGCUUAUUUCCUUCAACAUGACGGUCAGAGAUCCCGAUAAGGAUUCUCAAACUGAACUAUCUCUGGAAGGAACUGACAAGGAUGUGUUUUCUGUGGUGCCUAAAUCUACCUUGUCUGAUAGCAAAGUUCAGCUUCAGAUCAAGAAACCUGAAAAGCUGGAUUUUGAAGUACAAAAACAAAUGGUUCUACAGGUGAUCGCCAUAGAUCAAGGUAAAGCCAGCUUCCACUUACAGUUACAAUAA